AUGUACGUCACAAUGAUGAUGACCGACCAAAUUCCGCUGGAGCUGCCACCGUUGCUGAAUGGGGAGGUAGCGAUGAUGCCUCACAUUGUGAAUGGCGAUGGAUCACAGCAGGUGUUUUUGGUUCAAGUUAAUCCAGGUGAAACCUUUACAAUAAGGGCUGAGGAUGGAACCCUGCAGUGCAUCCAAGGACCAGCAGAGGUUCCCAUGAUGUCACCCAAUGGAUCCAUUCCCCCUAUUCAUGUGCCUCCCGGUUAUAUCUCACAGGUGAUAGAAGACAACACCGGCGUUCGGAGGGUGGUGGUUACCCCCCAGUCUCCGGAGUGUUACCCACCUAGCUAUCCUUCGGCCAUCUCUCCAACCCAUCACUUACCUCCAUACCUGACACACCAUCCCCAUUUUCUUCACAACUCUCAUACAGCUUUUUAUCCUCCUGUCACUGGACCUGGGGACAUGCCACCACAGUUUUUCCCACAGCAUCAUCUUCCCCCUACAAUAUAUGGAGAACAAGAAAUCAUACCACUAUAUGGGAUGUCCAGCUAUAUUACUAGGGAAGAUCAGUACAGCAAACCACAGCACAAAAAACUCAAAGACAGGCAGGUUGAUCGCCAGAACCGUCUGAAUAGUCCUCCUUCAUCCAUCUACAAAAGCCAUAUAGGCAGCUGCACGACUGUGUAUAAUGGUUACGCGAAGAGCCACAAUGGAGCAAGCAGCGGCGGCGGGGCGGCUCCAGCGGUAAAGAAACCGGAGCGCAGAGCAAGAAGCAGCCCGAAGUCAAAUGAACAAGACCCACAUGAAUUUGAUUCAGAAGCAAAAAGGGUUCAAGACAUUCUUUCUGGAAUGGAGAAACCACAGGUUACAAAUAUUCAAGCAAGAACAGUUUUACUUUCCUGGUCACCUCCCACCGGCCUUCUAAAUGCAGAUAGACACAACAACGGUUUGCCUUACACCUGUACCUAUGAGGUUGCCUUAUCAGAUAAAGGGAGAGAUGGAAAAUACAAGAUAAUUUACAGCGGAGAAGAAUUAGAAUAUAACCUGAAAGACCUCAGGCCAGCAACAGAUUAUCAUGUCAGGGUAUAUGCAAUGUGCAACUCAGUAAAGGGAUCCUGCUCAGAGCCAGUAAGCUUCACCACUCACAGCUCAGCACCAGAGUGUCCCUUCCCACCCAAACCCUCGCACAGGACCAAAAGCUCCUUAACCUUACAAUGGAAGGCACCCAUUGAUAAUGGUUCAAAAAUCACCAGCUACCUUCUGGAGUGGGAUGAGGGAAAAAGGAACAGUGGUUUCAGAGAAUGUUACUUUGGAAGCCAGAAGCAUUGCAAGUUGACUAAGCUCUGUCCGGCUUUGGGUUACACCUUCCGAUUAGCGGCUCAGAAUGACAUCGGUACGAGUGGGUACAGCCAGGAGGUGGUAUGCUACACUGCAGGUAAUAUUCCUCAGACCCCUUCUGCACCAAGGCUUGUUCGAGCUGGUGUUACGUGGAUCGCGUUGCAGUGGAAUAAAGUAGAAGGAUGUACACCAGAGGAAGUGAUUUCCUACACCCUGGAAAUUCAGGAAGAAGAUAAUGAUAGCGUGUUUCACCCAAAGUACACUGGAGAGGAGCAAGCUUGUACUGUGAAGAAUCUCAGAAGAAGCACGCAGUAUAAAUUCAGGCUGUUUGCUUCUAAUGUGGAAGGAAAGAGUUCUCCCAGCGAAGUGUUGGUCUGUACAACGAGCCCAGACAGGCCAGGACCUCCGACCAGACCCGUUAUUAAGGGGCCGAUAACAUCUCACAGCUUCAGUGUGAAGUGGGAUCCUCCACAGGAUAACGGUGGUUCAGAAAUCCUGAAGUAUCUACUGGAGAUUUCUCAAGGAAGUCCAGAAGCAAAUCAAUGGGAAGUGGCAUAUAGUGGAUCGGCUACAGAAUAUACCUGUACUCACUUGAAACCAGGCACUUUGUAUAAACUCCGGGCAUGCUGUAUCAGCACUGGUGGACACAGUCAGUGUUCUGAAAGUUUACCUGUCCGUACGCUCAGUGUUGCACCAGGACACUGCCGGCCACCAAGAGUUUUGGGAAAGCCAAAGCACAAAGAAGUACAGCUACAAUGGGAUGUCCCUCCGUCAGAAGGUGGCUGUCCCAUCUCAGAGUACAGCGUAGAAAUGACAGAACCUGAAGAAGUUGUUUCUGAAGUAUAUCAUGGUCCUGACCUGGAGUGCACCGUCAGCAACCUCCUUCCUGGAGCAACGUAUCGGUUCAGAGUGAGAGCUUUGAACGAUGGAGGGUACGGGCCGUAUUCGGAAGCCACAGAAGUCACCACGGCAGCAGGACCGCCCGGCCAGUGCAGAGCACCUUCCCUCUCCUUUCUGUCCAACACACGUGUACUUGUGAGCUGGGAGAGUCCUGAAUGUUCUGGUGCUGACAUCUCUGAAUACAGAUUAGAGUGGGGAAAAGAUGAGGAAUCUCUACAACUUGUGUAUAAUGGCACAGAUACCUGUUUUGAAAUAAAUGAAUUGUCAGCGGCAGCACAUUACUGCUGUAGGCUACAGGCUAUUAACCAGGCAGGAGCUGGACCCUGCAGUGACCUGGUAACCUGCAGAAUCCCCGCGUCUGUGCCUGAUGCAGUCUCUACCCUCUCCGUGCUGGAGGAUGAGCACAUGGAUGCCUGUCAGCUCUCACCCUCUGUGUGCCUUGUACUGAACUGGGAAGAACCAUGCAAUAAUGGAGCUGAGAUUACGUCAUACAACAUUGACCUGGGUGACAUCAGCAUUCCAGUAGGAAAUGUUACAAGUUACGUUAUCAAUGAUUUGCUUCCAGAAACCUCGUACCGGAUCAGGAUCCAGGCUGUCAAUGAAAUUGGAGCUGGACCUUUUAGCCACUUUAUUAAAGCAAAAACCAGGCCGUUACCACCCUUACCUCCUCGGUUAGAGUGUGCUGCAGCAGGUCCUCAGAGCCUGAAGCUGAAAUGGGGAGAAAGCAGUUCCAAGCUUCACACUACCGACGACAUGGUCUACAUCUUGCAGAUGGAAGACAGAAAUAAAAGGUUUAUUCCAAUUUAUAGAGGACCAAGUCAUACGUACAAGAUACAAAGGCUGACAGAAUCUACUAGUUACUUGUUCAGAAUACAGGCGGUCAAUGAUGCUGGGGAGGGACCUUUCUCAGAAAUAUGUACCUUCUGCACAACUAAGUCAGUCCCGCCUGCAAUCAAAGCCCCUCGAGUGACGCAGUUGGGAGGAAACGCCUGUGAAGUUACCUGGGAAAUGGUCCCACCCAUGAAGGGAGAUCCUGUUGGUUACGUUCUGCAGGUACUGGUUGGAAGAGAAUCUGAAUACAAGCAGGUGUACAAGGGAGACGAGACCUCGUUCCACAUCUCAGGCCUUCAAGUCAACACGGACUAUCGCUUUCGCGUCUGCGUCUGCCGCCGGUGCUUGGAUACCUCACAGGAACUUAGUGGCCCUUUCAGCCCAUCCGUUGCCUUUAUGCUUCAACGAAAUGAGAUCAUGCUUGCAGGAGAAACGGGAAGCAUAGACGAUCCUAAGCUAAAGAGCAUGAUUCCUACUGACGAACAGUUUGCAGCCCUCAUUGUUCUUGGCUUUGCGAGUUUGUCGAUUAUAUUCGCCUGUAUAUUACAGUACUUCUUUAUGAAGUAGAGAAUUCAAUGGAAGUUUGAAAUACAAAUUUAACUAAUGCUACGCAUUAUAAUCCACACAUUUAUUCAGAUAUUCCUUUUUUUGAAAUCCUUUUGUUCUACCAUACAUUUUAUAUACUUCUCUUGUUUUUACAGUUCUAGCUUGAAGAAUGAUAAAUCAGUGUUUUGAUGCACCUUUUUGAAAUUCAAAACUAGGAAGUGGUCAAACUGGAGAAACAAGCAAACCAGAUACCAAAAGCAAGAUGAUUUUUUUUUUCCUUCACAGUUUCAAAAUUGUCACCGAUUUGCCUUUUCAAUGUUGUUUUGGGUUUUUUUCACUGAAGUUCUUACAGUCUCUUAUUUUAUCUUAUUAUUUAGGACAUUUUAAUCAUGAGUCACUUUUUUGUCUCUUCUUUUUCCUUCUAAACAUUAGUCACAAGUGUGUAUAGUGGUAAGACUAGAAUACAGUGUUAGUCAACAGUACCAGGUUUUCCUUGAACAGUAUUAGCAAUGUUGCCUAUGAAUUAGUCACUACAUUUGCCCAAGUUUUUUCAAGAUAAAACAUAAGUUGUUAUUUUAACUCUUUAGUGCAUUUGAAUCGGAACAAUAUCCUGCAGUCAAAAAUCCUUUCUAAUUAUCUGUUAUUUUUACAGUUACAACACUAUAAACUGCCUGUAUAAGAAAUCAAAUAACCAAACUGCAUAUAAAUUAUGAAGCAUUAUAGAUAUUUUUUUUACCAUUUUGAUUCCUAGCAGUAAUUUUAAGUAAGAGGGCAUUGUGCAAUAGUUAGCUAUUCCCAUGUUCAGCUAUUUUAAAGCUGCUUUGUCUGUUUGUCACUGUAUAUAACUAUUCCUAAUCUAAUACUAGAUAUUAUUCUAUUAUGUUCAGCCUGAUUUAUAUGAUUAGAGCUGGUGACAGCUUACUGCCUCUACUGAAUUAGCUGAGAUUUACACUCGAUGUAAGCAAACUUUACUGUCAGUUGAUUUUUUUUUUUUUUUUAAUUAUUUUUUGGAGGGAUAUCCGUUUUAUGGAACUUUUUUGGAGAUAUCAGAAACAAGAUCUGUUUGUUUUAAAUACCUUAAAUGAGUGUCUGUGCUAUUCUUACCACAGGGUUAAUUGAAAUAACUUGGUACAUGGCAAAAUUCGGACAAGAGUCCUGCUCUGGUGGGAAUGUCCCCCCCCCACCUCCUCCUGCCUGCCCCUUCCAAGAUACACAUUUUAAUCCAUCAAGAUACUAGAAUUUU